AUGGCUGAGAAGAACGUGGAAGGUAGGAAAAGUCUCAGUGAAGAGACUGAAGAGAAAUCUGUGUUCUUGAAGGUAGGAAAAGUCUCAGUGAAGAGACUGAAGAGGCUGAAGAGGCUGGCAUACUUCCGACAGGGUGUUGCCCUCCAGUACCUUGGACGUCAUGCCGAUGCCCUGGCAGCCUUUGCAUCUGGACUGGCUCAGGACCCCAAGAGUCUUCAGCUUCUGGUGGGGAUGGUAGAAGCGGCUAUGAAAUCUCCCAUGAGAGACUCCCUCGAGCCCACAUAUCAGCAGCUUCAGAAAAUGAAGCUAGACAAGAGUCCCUUUGUGGUUGUGUCUGUGGUUGGACAGGAGCUCCUGACCGCUGGCCAUCACGGGGCCUCUGUGGUUGUCUUAGAAGCUGCUCUGAAGAUUGGCACCUGCAGCCUCAAACUGCGAGGCUCUGUUUUCUCUGCCCUGAGCAGCGCUUACUGGUCUCUUGGAAACACCGAGAAGAGCACGGGUUACAUGCAGCAGGAUUUGGAUGUAGCCAAGACCUUAGGUGACCAGACAGGAGAAUGCAGGGCUCAUGGGAAUUUAGGCUCUGCAUUCUUCUCCAAGGGAAAUUACCGGGAGGCUCUCACGAACCACAGGCAUCAGCUGGUGCUCGCCAUGAAACUCAAGGAUCGAGAGGCAGCUUCAUCAGCCCUGAGUAGUCUGGGCCACGUGUACACAGCCAUCGGAGACUACCCCAAUGCACUUGCCAGCCAUAAACAGUGUGUUCUUCUUGCCAAGCAAUCCAAAGAUGAGCUUUCCGAAGCGCGAGAACUUGGCAACAUGGGAGCCGUGUAUAUCGCCAUGGGUGACUUUGAGAAUGCUGUGCAGUGCCACGAGCAACAUCUGAAAAUAGCCAAGGACCUGGGGAACAAGCGAGAAGAGGCCCGAGCCUACAGCAACUUGGGCAGUGCCUACCACUACAGAAGGAACUUCGACAAGGCUAUGUCUUACCACAACUAUGUGCUGGAGCUGGCACAGGAGCUGACAGAGAAAGCCAUUGAGAUGCGGGCCUACGCUGGCUUGGGCCAUGCUGCCAGGUGCAUGCAGGACUUGGAGAGGGCUAAGCAGUACCACGAGCAGCAGUUGAGUAUCGCGGAGGAUCUCAAGGACCGGGCUGCAGAAGGGCGAGCAUCCUCCAAUCUGGGAAUCAUCCACCAGAUGAAAGGCGACUACGACACAGCCCUGAGACUGCACAAGACACACCUCUGCAUUGCUCAGGAGCUGAGUGACUACGCUGCCCAGGGUCGCGCCUACGGCAACAUGGGCAAUGCCUACAAUGCCUUGGGCAUGUAUGACCAAGCCGUCAAGUAUCACCGGCAAGAACUGCAGAUCUCCAUGGAGGUGAACGACCGCGCCUCCCAGGCCUCCACACACGGCAACCUGGCUGUGGCCUACCAGGCCCUGGGUGCCCAUGACCGAGCUCUCCAACACUACCAGAACCACCUCAAUAUUGCCCGGGAACUGCAUGACAUCCAGAGCGAAGCCCGGGCCCUUAGCAACCUGGGUAACUUCCACUGCUCCCGGGGGGAGUAUGUCCAGGCCGCCCCCUACUACGAACAGUACCUCCGGCUUGCUCCUGACCUUCAAGACAUGGAAGGCGAAGGGAAGGUUUGCCACAACCUCGGCUAUGCUCACUACUGCCUAGGCAAUUACCAGGAGGCCGUGAAGUACUACGAGCAGGAUCUGGCCCUGGCCAAAGACCUUCAUGACAAACUGAGCCAGGCAAAAGCCUACUGCAACCUAGGCCUGGCAUUCAAGGCCCUGCUGAAUUUCAGCAAGGCCGAAGAGUGUCAGAAGUACCUGCUUUCCCUAGCACAGUCCCUGAACAACUCCCAAGCAAGGUUUCGAGCCCUCGGGAACCUGGGUGAUAUAUUUAUCUGCAAGAAGGAUGUCAAUGGUGCCAUAAAAUUCUACGAGCAGCAGCUGGGCUUGGCACACCAUGUAAAGGACCGGAGAUUGGAGGCCAGUGCAUAUGCCGCCCUGGGCACUGCCUACCGAAUGAUUCAGAAGUAUGACAAGGCCUUGGGUUACCAUACACAGGAGCUGGAGGUGUAUCAGGAGCUGAGCGAAUUGCCAGGGGAGUGCCGGGCACAUGGGCACCUGGCUGCUGUCUACAUGGCCCUGGGGAAGUAUACAAUGGCCUUCAAAUGCUAUGAAGAGCAGCUGGAGCUGGGGCAGAAGCUCAAGGACCCGUGUCUAGAGGCUCAGGUCUACGGCAACAUGGGCAUCACCAAGAUGAACAUGAAUGUGAUGGAAGAAGCCAUCGGCUACUUUGAGCAGCAGCUGGCCACGCUGCAGCAGCUCAGUGGAAACGAGUCGGUGCUCGACCGUGGCCGUGCCUACGGCAACCUGGGGGAUUGCUACGAGGCCCUGGGGGACUAUGAGGAAGCCAUCAAAUAUUAUGAACAGUAUUUAUCAGUCGCCCAAAGCCUGAACCGAAUGCAGGACCAAGCCAAGGCAUACCGGGGCCUUGGGAAUGGUCACAGGGCAAUGGGGAGCUUGCAGCAAGCCCUGGUGUGCUUUGAAAAGAGGCUCGUGGUCGCCCAUGAGCUGGGGGAGGCCUUUAAUAAAGCCCAGGCCUACGGCGAGCUGGGCAGUCUCCACAGCCAGCUGGGGAAUUAUGAGCAAGCCAUCUCCUGCCUGGAGCGGCAGCUGAACAUCGCUCGGGAAAUGAAAGACCGAGCCCUGGAGAGCGACGCGGCCUGUGGCCUCGGAGGUGUCUACCAGCAGAUGGGGGAAUACGACACAGCCCUGCAGUACCACCAGCUCGACCUGCAGAUCGCCGAGGAGACCAACAACCCCACCUGCCAGGGCCGGGCCUAUGGGAACCUGGGACUGACCUACGAGUCCCUGGGCACCUUUGAGAGGGCAGUGGUGUACCAAGAGCAGCACUUGAGCAUUGCGGCGCAGAUGAACGACUUGGUGGCCAAGACUGUGUCAUACAGUAGUCUGGGGAGAACCCAUCAUGCCUUGCAGAACUACUCCCAGGCCGUCAUGUACCUGCAAGAAGGUUUAAGGUUAGCUGAGCAACUGGGCCGAAGGGAAGAUGAAGCUAAAAUCCGCCAUGGACUUGGCCUGUCCCUAUGGGCCAGUGGCAACCUGGAAGAGGCCCAACACCAGCUCUACAGGGCAUCGGCCUUAUUCGAAACCAUCCGCCACGAGGCUCAGCUGAGCACAGAUUACAAGCUCUCCCUUUUCGACCUGCAGACCUCCUCCUACCAGGCCUUGCAGCGGGUGCUCGUCAGCCUGGGCCACCACGAUGAAGCCCUGGCAGUAGCCGAAAGAGGACGGACACGGGCCUUUGCAGACCUUCUGGUGGAAAGACAAACGGGGCAACAGGACUCUGACCCUUACUCACCGGUUACCAUCGACCAGAUCUUAGAGAUGGUUAAUAGCCAGCGAGGCCUUGUGCUAUACUAUUCCUUGGCUGCGGGCUACCUGUACAGCUGGCUGCUGGCUCCAGGAGCAGGGAUCCUGAAGUUUCAUGAGUACUACCUGGGCGACAACACAACAGAAAACUCUGGAGACUUCCAGGCUGGCAGCAGUGCCACCCUCCCUUCAGCCACCAGCUCGGCCCUGGAGCAGCACAUCACUAAUGUUCGAGAGGCUCUCGGGGUGGAGUCAUACUAUUUCAGGGCCUGUGCCAGCAGUGAGACAGAGAGCGAGGCCGGAGACAUCAUCGAGCAGCAGUUUGAGGAGAUGAACAACCGGCUGAACUCGGUCACGGACCCCACGGGCUUCCUGCGCAUGGUGCGGCGGAACGACCUCUUCAACAGGAGCUGCCAGAGCAUGAACAGUUUAGUGAGCAGCACUGCAUCACCCAGCAAGGACGGAGCCUCGUCUCUUCCCCGGAGGACCAGUUCCUUUGCACGACCCCCGCUGCGUGCCCUCUAUGACCUGCUCAUUGCACCCAUGGAAGGGGGCCUGAUGCACUCGAGUGGCCCAGUGGGUCGGCACCGGCAGCUGAUCCUUGUGCUGGAGGGGGAGCUGUACCUCAUCCCCUUCGCCUUGCUGAAGGGAACCUCCUCCAACGAGUACCUCUACGAGCGCUUCGCCCUCAUCUCCGUCCCCUCUAUUCGCGCCCUCAGCCCACAGGCCAAGACUCACUUACGGAAGAGCUCGCCCACCUACUCCAGCUCCACCUCCAUGGCUGCUGUGGUGGGCAACCCCAAGCUGCCUUCAGCCGUGAUGGACAGGUGGCUGUGGGGGCCCAUGCCCUCCGCCGAGGAGGAGGCCUACAUGGUAUCCGAGCUGCUAGGCUGCCAGCCCCUGGUGGGCAGCGUGGCCACCAAAGAGAGGGUCAUGAGUGCCCUAAGUCAGGCCGAGUGUGUGCACUUCGCCACGCACAUCUCCUGGAAGCUGUCGGCCCUGGUGCUCACGCCGAGCGCGGACACCAACACCGUGGGCAGCAAGAGCUCUUUCGGCCACCCCUACACCAUCCCUGAGAGCCUACGCGUGCAGGAUGAUGCCAGCGACGGCGAGAGUCUGUCCGACUGCCCCCCACUACAGGAGCUGCUGCUCACGGCUGCCGAUGUUCUAGACCUACGGCUCCCCGUGAAGCUGGUGGUCCUGGGCUCCUCGCAGGAGUCCAGCGGACGUGUCACGGCCGACGGCGUGAUCGCCCUCACACGCGCCUUCCUGGCAGCCGGGGCUCAGUGUGUGCUGGUGUCGCUGUGGCCCGUGCCCGUGGCAGCCUCCAAGAUGUUCCUGCAUGCCUUCUACUCCUCACUGCUCAAUGGCCUGAAAGCCAGCAGUGCCCUGGCUGAGGCUAUGAAGGUAGUGCAGAGCAGCAAGGCCUUCUCCGCCCCCGCCAACUGGGCAGGUUUCAUGCUCAUCGGCAGCGACGUCAAGCUGAACAGCCCCUCGUCACUCAUAGGCCAGUCCCUGGCAGAGAUCCUCCAACACCCAGAACGUGCGAGAGAUGCCCUGCGUGUGCUGCUGCACCUGGUGGAGAAAUCAUUGCAGCGUAUCCAGAAUGGACAGCGCAAUGCCAUGUACACAUCACAGCAGAGCGUGGAGAACAAAGUGGGAGGCAUCCCGGGCUGGCAGGCCCUGCUCACUGCUGUAGGCUUCAGGCUCGACCCUCCCACCAGUGGCCUGCCCGCAGCCGUCUUCUUCCCAACCUCUGACCCUGGCGAGCGGCUGCAACAGUGCAGCAGCACUCUCCAGUCCCUGCUGGGUCUGCCCAACCCUGCCCUCCAGGCCCUCUGCAAGCUCAUCACCGCCUCAGAGACAGGCGAGCAGCUCAUUAGCCGGGCUGUUAAAAAUAUGGUUGGAAUGCUUCACCAGGUGCUGGUCCAGCUGCAGGCCGGAGAGAAGGAGCAGGACUUGGUGGCGGCUCCCAUCCAGGUGUCCAUCAGCGUGCAGCUGUGGCGGCUCCCAGGCUGCCACGAGUUCCUGGCGGCUCUUGGUUUUGACCUCUGUGAGGUGGGGCAGGAGGAAGUAAUACUGAAAACUGGGAAACAGGCCAACCGUCGAACCAUGCACUUCGCACUCCAGUCGCUGCUCGCCCUGUUCGAUUCCACCGAGCUGCCCAAACGCCUCAGCCUGGACAGCUCCUCCUCCCUGGAGUCCCUGGCGUCAGCCCAGUCGGUGUCCAACGCCUUGCCCUUGGGGUACCAGCAUCCCCCCUUCUCCCCGACUGGCGCCGACAGCAUAGCCUCAGAUGCCAUCUCCGUGUACAGCCUGAGCUCCAUUGCCUCUUCCAUGAGCUUCAUCUCCAAGCCGGAGGGGGCAUCAUCGUCAUCUGAAGCCGGUGGCCCGUCCAGGGGUCGGCAAGACUAUGACCACCGGGUGGCCAAGGGCGCUUACCCGCAGCGGGCCACCCUGCCACGCUGCCAGCCAUCCCCGCAGACACGAGUGGCCCUGGGCGGCGGGGGCAGUGGCAAGGACGACGAGGAGUACGAAGGCUUCUCCAUCAUUAGCACCGAGCCCCUGGCGGCCUACCCGGAGAGCCGGGCAGCAGGAGCAGCAGUGGCGGCAGCUACGAAGCGCAUCUCCCCGGAUGCAGGCCCUCGAGUGCAUGUGUCGGUGAGUUCCAAGGGCAGCGUGAGCACCCCCAACUCUCCGGUGAAGAUGAUGACCCUGAUCCCCAGCCCCAACUCGCCCUUCCAGAAGGUGGGCAAACUGGCCAGCUCAGACACAGGAGAGUCGGAUCAGUCGAGCACAGAGACCGACAGCACCGUGAAGUCACAGGAGGAUGGAGGAGGAGCAGGAGGAGGCCAGCUGGACCCGCAGGAGCUGGCACAGAAGAUCCUGGAGGAGACGCAGAGCCACCUGCUAGCAGUAGAGCGGCUGCAGCGGGGAAGUGGCAGCAGUGGCAACCCCGAGGGAAGCCCGUGCAUGCCCCCAGCAGCCGCUGCUGUCUUCAGAGCGUCCGAAACCAGCGCUUUCAGCAGGCCAGGUGCACCUGCGUCCACCCCGUCCAAGCCCAGGCCCCCGGCCCGGAGCUCGUCCCUCCCCAAAGUUGGCCCGUCCUCGGGCUCCAGCAGCCCAGCCACGUCCGAAGCAUCCUUGCACAGAGGUGGCCCGAGUCCCUCUGGCUCGCUGGCAUCGGUGGGCUCUGAGCAGCCCCUCUUCAAGCUCAAGUACCCCAGUUCCCCCUACAGUGCCCACAUUGCCAAGUCGCCCCGCCAUGUGUCCCCCAGCAGCUCGGGCCACCAUUCGCCGGUGGGCAGCAGUGCCCCCUCGCCCGCGCUGUCUUACUCAUCGUCGGCUGGCUCUUCACGCUCCAGCCCCGCCGACGCGCCCACCCUGGACAAGCUGAAGCUGGCAGCCAUCGACGAGAAGGUGCAGGCCGUGCACAACCUCAAGAUGUUUUGGCAGAGCGGCCCUGCACCGCCAGCGCCUGCCAGGCCCGUGCGCGGGCCCCCUGGGACCAUGACCUCUCGCAGGGAUGUACUCAGCCUCCUCAAUCUGUCCCCACGCCAUAAGAAGGAGGACAGCAGCGGUGGGGACAGGCUGGAGCUGCGCGAGCUGUCCACGGCGCUGCCCUCCAGAGGGGACGUGCCAGCCAAUGGUCACUGGCGUGCACAGAGCCCCGCGCAGGCUGCUCGGCCCCUGCCCACUGCGGCCACCUCUGCCCCGCGUCCCCUGCGGCUGCCCGCAGGGAACGGAUACAAGUUUCUGUCCGCAGGUCGCUUCUUCCCAUCCUCCAAAUGCUAGAGCAGCUUCAGGCACACACGGAGGGAGGGUGCAGACCCCCCACUGCCAGGCCACUGGAAAGGGGCACUCACUGUGCAGGAGGAAGGUGGGUGGGGGCACAUGCACACGUAUGCACACACUUACACUCAGUGAUUGGCCGAAAAACCAGGACUCCUGUGGGGACUGUGUGUGAGGCCCACGGAUUUGUUCUUCACACUUCACCAAAUGUUUACCUUUGACCUCCCGGGCUUCUCAUCUUCAACACGAUUCUGCCAGAGGACAUU